AUGAAGCACUCGAGAGAGCCAACUUCACGACUUCUCUUCGCAGUUUCUGAAAGAUUUUCAGACACCUCCUUCUCCAAUCCGUAUUCCUCUAGUUUCAAUCUAUUCACUUCUCUUUCGCCGAAAUUGUGCAGUGUUGUGCAUUUUGUUUCCAAAGAAAGAAGUAGAGAGAUGGAGAAGGGCACAAAAAGGAAAGUUAAUAAUAAAAAGGGAAAGGAAGAAAAGCUCAUUGUUGAAUGUGAUGAUGAAUCUGACGCCUGGUGGUGGUUGGUCCACAAGGGAAUCACAGCUUCAUUCUUGUCCAUUGCAUUGUUUUCGUUGUUGGUUCGAGUGGCUGUCUCACUCCAUCCUUACUCUGGUGCUGGAAGUCCUCCCAAGUAUGGCGACUUUGAAGCACAGAGGCACUGGAUGGAAAUCACUCUCAAUCUGCCACUCAAGGAAUGGUAUCGUAACAGUACAGUCAAUGAUCUCAGAUACUGGGGUCUUGACUACCCUCCUCUGACUGCUUAUCAGAGUUAUGUACAUGGUCUUUUCCUCAGAUUUUUCAGUCCUGACUCAGUUGCUCUCUUCACUUCCCGGGGCCAUGAGUCCUAUUUGGGAAAACUUCUCAUGAGGUGGACAGUGUUAUCCUCUGAUGUCUUGGUGUUCUUUCCUGCUGUUUUCUACUUUGUUGUAGUUUACUAUGCUGGUCGAAACCCGAGUCGCAGUAUGAGUGGCAUAGCAUGGCAUAUGGCAAUUAUUUUGCUUAAUCCAUGUCUCAUCCUAAUUGACCAUGGCCAUUUCCAGUACAACUGCAUCAGCUUGGGUCUAACUGUGGGAGCUAUUGCCUCUCUUCUCUCAGACAAAGAUCUUGUAGCCUGUGUCCUGUACAGUCUUGCUCUCAAUCACAAGCAGAUGAGUGCAUAUUUUGCUCCUGCAUUUUUCAGCCACCUACUGGGUAAAUGCCUAAGGCGUCAAUAUCCAUUUCUUCAAGUGUUAAAACUCGGCCUUGUUGUCUUAGGAACAUUUCUUAUUGUCUGGUGGCCAUAUGUUCAUUCAAUGGAAGCCUUUUUAGGGGUUCUCUCUCGUCUUGCUCCUUUUGAGAGAGGGAUAUUUGAGGAUUAUGUGGCUAACUUUUGGUGCACCACUUCGGUUCUUGUAAAGUGGAAGAGAUUGUUUCCAACACAAACCCUGAAGCUUCUCAGCUUUGGUGCAACUAUUUCUAGUUGCCUGCCUUCAAUGAUUCAGCAGAUAUGGUCUCCAAGCAAGCAAGGUUUCCUUUAUGGUUUGCUGAAUAGCGCAUUCUCAUUUUAUUUGUUCUCAUUCCAAGUGCACGAGAAGUCAAUUUUGCUGCCUCUCCUGCCAGCAAGUCUUUUGGCAACGGAAGAACCUUUUCUUUUUACCUGGAUGACACUUUACGCCUUGUUCUCAAUGUUUCCUCUUCUACACCGUGACAAACUGGUUCUACCUUAUCUGUCACUAUCUGCUCUUUUUAUACUUUUAAAACCAUUUGUCGAGUGGAAGACGGGACACAAAGGACACAAGCUCCUUCAGAUCCUUUGUGACAAGAGUCUUUCUUUUGUGCUCAGUCAUUCUUCAUGUUGUUUAUUUAAGCAUGCAUGCCCCGGCUAG